UGCCUAGCUCACAACUACAUUCAAGCAGCCAUCGGAGUAUUCCGGUGCACGUUGCUCCUAAUUUGGAAACUCCGGAACUCCUUCACGUCGACGCCAUCUUCCGCCACUCCGUUGCGGCGAUGAAGUUCGGUCGCAAGAUCAAGUCUUCGGCAUAUGCUGAAUGGAAAGUUAAAUACAUCAAUUAUGACGCACUCAAGCAGAUGCUCAAAGAGAAGACCCAGUCUGGUCCGUGGACAGACGGCGAUGAGGCUGAAUUCACUCAUGCCCUUGAGCUCGAACUGGAGAAGAUCCAUGUCUUCCAACGUGAAAAAGCUGCUGAACUAUCCGAACGAAUCAACGAGGCGGAGGCAUCUGUUAGGCGCCUGGUUGCGGAUUAUGAAGAAGAGGCAGAUGGCCAUGAACAUCCCAAUGUUCCAACUUCGGCAAAUAACGUUCAUGGAGACGUCGAGGCCGCGAUACAUUCCAACGUUGUGUCCGCGUCUGACGAUGCAGGAUCUGAUGAUGAUAUCGAUGACACCGGAAGUGAUGGCUACAGUGUUGACGCAUUGGUCGAGCAAUUCCGUGUUCUGGAGGAGGAAGUCGCAAUCCUCGUAGCCGACAUCCACGACUUAGCAUUGUAUACUAAGUUAAACUUCACGGGCUUUAUUAAAAUUGUUAAGAAACACGAUAAGAAAACGAAACGUUCCCUUAAAGCCACCUUCGUCCAGGACUAUCUCGAUAAACGACCAUUUUACAAAUUUAAUUACGACUCCAUCAUUGUUAAGCUAUCGAACCUCUACAACUUGGUGCGGACUCGAGGUCACCCCGUGGAAGGCGAUGCUAGUGCCGGAGGUUCCCAGAGCGCAUUUGUGCGCCAGACCACGAAAUAUUGGGUUCACCCUGACAAUUUGGUUCACCUCAAGUUGGCUAUUCUCCGUCAACUCCCUGUGCUUGUUUUUAAUCCUGAUAAGGAAUACGAGCUCAAGGAUUCAGCCAUUUCUUCGAUCUACUUUGAUAAUGAGGAUCUAGACCUAUAUCUGGGACGCUUGGAAAAGACAGAAGGCGCGGAAGCCAUUCGCCUCAGGUGGUAUGGCGAUACGGAUGUAAAAUUGGUAUUCGUCGAGCGUAAGACUCACCGUGAAGAUUGGACGGGCGAGAAGUCGGUCAAAGCUCGUUUUCCUAUUAAAGAAGAUAAGGUCAAUGCCUUCCUAAGAGGAGAUUACACGAUGGACGAUGAAUUCGACGAACUACUGAGGAAGGGGAAGAAGAAGGAGAGCGAAGUAGAAAACACGAAACAACUCGCGAACGAAGUUCAGUAUGCGAUAUACACCAGAAGGCUCCGACCAGUUAUGCGGACAUUCUACAAUCGCACAGCCUUUCAGCUCCCUGGUGAUGCCCGUGUCCGUAUUUCUCUCGACACUGAGCUCACCAUGGUGCGUGAGGAUAAUUGGGACGGGAAAAGACGUGCGGGAGACAACUGGAGGCGAACUGAUAUUGGCAUCGACUAUCCAUUUUUGCAAUUGGAGCCAGGGGACGUAGAACGAUUCCCCUACGGUGUGCUAGAGGUCAAGCUCCAAACACAACUGGGUCAAGAACCUCCAGAUUGGGUUCGGGAGUUAGUCUCUAGUCACUUGGUAGAGGCCAUACCCAAAUUCAGCAAAUUCAUUCACGGCUGCUCAACGCUUCUCCCUGACCGAGUUGAUCUGGUGCCAUUCUGGCUUCCUCAAAUGGACACUGAUAUUCGGAAACCGGAUAGAGGCGCUAUGCUCAUCGAACGACCUCAAUCCUCGCAUACUCCAACAACUUCGUCCCAAUCGCCGCAAUUGGAGACACCUGCUGCUGCUGAUCAGGACGAACCCGUCUUUGGCUCGUACACAGAGCCGGUUUCUGAAGGAGAAGAAGAUGAGAACAUGGAUCUCGCAGUACCGCUGGACGAAGCACGGCGCAUGCAAUUGCCGGACGCCCAAGUAGCAGAGGCCCAGCAAUUCCGAGAAGCUGUCUUGCGAAAAGAGGCAGAAGCACGGUUGAAGGAUGGGAAGAAGAAGGCGAAAGACUUUGCUGUUGCCAAUGGUGAAGGUGAUGAUGGAAGUGAUGAACGCGUCCCCUAUCUUCGGAGACGUUCUUCAGUCCCUGCUGAACGCCCGAAAGGAUUGUCGAUAGAUCCUCUGGCCCCGGCGCUUACGUUCGAUCAAUCAUUCUGGUCUAAACUGAAGCCCAAGGUGAAUGGCGCUUUAAAAAUACAGGAUACUACUAUCGUUGAGGAUGACGAAAGGGCGCCGUUGCAAGAGGAAGACCUCGCACCCGACCAAAGGAUAUUGGUUCAAGAUUUUCGCGCCGAGGAAGGGAAAAAGAUCGCUGUGCCUGUUCGCAUCGAGCCCAAAGUCAUCUUUGCGAAUGAGCGGACGUUUUUGAGAUGGACGCACUUCUCGGUUCUGGUGGGCUCCAUUGCCACAACGCUUCUCAACUUUGUCGAUCCUAAUGAUGGAAUUGGUCUCCUGUCGGCUGGCACAUUCACUUUUGCCGCCCUUCUUUCUGUCGCAUACUCCUGCAGCAUUUUCGUCUUCCGUGCUUAUAGCAUGAGGAAACAUCACGCUGAGGGUUGGUACUAUGAUGAAUAUGGACCCACCAUAUUGUGUGCAGUCUUGAUUGUUUGCAUUGGUGUGAAUUUUGCGCUGAGAUGGCGUGAAGUUGCCACUGGUGCAAAUAUUAACCUCUUCUAAAAUUGGUAUUGGAUAUAUUUUUCAAAAUUCAAAUUGGGUGUAUUUUUACUGGUUCGCAGGCUGGAUUGCUGGGUCUUGUUCUCGUUAAUAUUGCAGUUCCUUAGAUGAUUCGGGGAGCUUGUCCAUGUGCACUGGUUCCUGACUGUACCUAAAACUGCGUAUAUAGUAAUAUA